AUGGAAUCAAUAAGAGAAGAAGCUACACCAGAUGAUAUUUUAAACUUGAAAGAGUUGUUUUUACUUGCAGUUUCUAUGAUCUGCUAUUCAAGGAAUUGUUUCCAUAGAAAUGUUUAUCAAACAAUUGAAUCUUUGCAGGAUGCUUUAUGUGAAAAGAAAGACGCGCUUUUGCCUACGAUUCCUAUUGUACGUAUUCGAGAAGGAAUUGACUCAUAUGCAGACGAAUUUUUAGAAAACAUUAAACUAUAUAUCAAUCCUUUUAUUUUAUCGAAGACUCAGUUCACGACCUACCUUGUGUUUUCUACCAAGGGGCUACGGGAAUCAAACAUUGAAACAGAACAUAUUGACAAAGUUUAUGCUUUUGAAAUGAAUUUAGAUGGAAGAUUGUUUAACUAUGACAUCGAAAAAUCUGUAAAACCAUUUUUUAGACAACUCUUACAGGACUUACAAUUCGAGACCGAAGCAGAAGAUUCAAGCUCAGAAAUGAAAUGUAUUCAAAUUAUGACUCAAACAGAUACCGUUUCUUUGAAUCGAACGAAAUUGGACUCUCGUUUAACCCUCGAAGAAGAUGAAACCGUUAAAUCCAUUGUGUGUACCCAUACCGCAAACCUAAAAAACCUCACAUCGAUCACAGCAAGCGGAGAUUCUCUCGUUGUCUUACAAAAUGAAGAAAACCAGAAUGACGACGAUACGAGCAUUGGUGAUGAUAUGAUGGAAAAGGAAAUCGAUGACGUUGAAGUCCCAAUUACCGCUUCGCAGGUGAAGAUUGAUUCUGAAUUGGAGGCAUUUUUGCAACCACCGUGGAAUACUCAACCUAUAGAAUUAACUCAGCCUUUGGAGCCCGAAUUGGAAGAAAUUGAUAGACAACCCGAAACAAGUCUUCCAAGUACUGGUCUACGAGAGAUUAAAAAUCAAAAUACUGAUCUAAGAAAAGGAGAUAUUCCUACAGCUAAACCAAAGGCAAUACCUACAAAAAAGAUGCAGGAUGAAGCAAACCGUAUAAGCUGCGAAUGUGGUGACAAUAGUGAAGAGUUGGAUAUGUUUGAAUGCGAUUCUUGUAACGGAUGGAUUCAUUGCUGCUGCUAUGGGUUUGAGAGUGACAGUGAUCCUCGCCAGCCCAGCACUCUACUUUGUUAUACUUGCCUUCUUAGUGAAUCCGAGCCUCAAUUAUAUGAAAGGAUGACAGUGCUCACAGCUUAUCGACGCGCAAUUCAAUUCUCUUGGGUUUUCGGUUACGAAGGAACGCAAAAACUAGCAAAGCGAUUAAAUUGUAACCUUACAGAUGCAAGAAGAAUUGAGUCAAGGAUGAUUAAUGAAGGAAUCCUGAAUAAUGAAAAAGGAAAAAAAAGCAAUGCUCAAAUUGUCAAAACUUCUGAAAUGGUCGACUAUUUAAAAGACAAAUACUUCUCUCCUUCGCGAUGGAUAGCUCACUUAAAUUUUAAAAAUUAUCGCAGAGAGAACAGACCGGUAUAUAUGAAGUCGUUCCUUUCUUUACCUGUUGGGAAAGUAACGAAUUCGAGAAGAAAACGUAUCAAACUUACAAACGACGAUGGAUCGUCGUCAAUGAAACCGCUUCGAAUAUAA